GUCAAGUCAUGUGUUUGAACCCGCCACGUGCGUGGCAUGCGCCCGUGGCUUUCUGACAGCGAUGGUGGUGGAGGCUUUGGGCUUUGCCAAGUCCGAGCGCCGACGCUUCAAUGAUGCUGAGUAUGUGUUGUCCAUGGCGGGUGACACGGAAUCGUUGAGCAUCGAUGUGGAGCAUGCGGAGGACGGCCGGCGCUGGCGCUCGCGCUUCUCGGCGAGCUUCGUGGAGGAGAUCACCCGGAAGACGGGGAACGCCAAGAAGUUUGACGUCUUCGUUCGGAUGCUCCUUUCGGCUUUGGCGCAAGAGUCAGAGUCCGUCUACUUGGACAUCCUCACAGCUCGAGACCUGGAGAUGCUGCGGCGGCAUGCCAAUCCGCAGGGGCCGCCCACGGCCAAUCCAGUGGCAGCUCCCUCGGACAAGAGGUACGUGAUCCUCACAUACCGUGCUGAGUUCGACAAGGUGCACUAUCCACUGCCCUUGCCGCCAGACGAGAGAAGCCAAGAGGACGUGUUGCGUGGCAUGGUGGGGCGGCUGAAGUCGGAGCUGGCGCAGGCGCACGAGACGAUUGCCGCGCUGCAGGGUGUGCCUGCACCGAUCGAGCCAGACAAGGAGCAGCUACACCUACUCCAAAUCCAGAACAAGCAGUUGAGCGAAGGCCUGCAAGCCAUGCAGAAGGAAGCGGAGCAGCUGCGUGCCGAGCUGCGGCUCCGUCAGGGUCAGCAGAACCAUGCCCGUGACGAUGAGGUGCUGCGGCUCCGCAACGAGCUCACACGUUGCAAGGGAGAGGUCAAAAGCCUCAAGGACGAGCUCAAACAGAGGGAGCUCGCGCAGAAGCGCGCACGAGAAAAGGAAGCCGCCGAGCUGAGGGCUGAGCGGCAGAAGGCUGAUCGCUUACAGUCCCAGUUGAAGAAAAUGGAGGAGGAGAAGCGGAGCUUGGCCACGCGCCUGCGUGCGGACAGGUCGCGGCCCGCCUCGCGCACACCCAGCGCGGAGAGGACCCGGCCGGUGAGCCGUCCCGCGUCGACCAGGCCUCCGAGCCGCCCGGCCUCCCGCCCCCCGGCGCGCGCGGACGACAAGCGGCCCUCGAGCCGGGCGUCGUCGCUGGCGUCCUCGCGAGAGCGGACGCCCUCGCCCAGCUCCUUCCUUGCGCGGGGGAGGCCCGCCAAUGGAAGGGCCGCGCCUCUCCGACCGGAUGCGCGGAGGCCUGGGCCGAACCCUGCGGCUUCGCCAGGUCGGAACGAUGCACGGAGCUGUUCGCCGGGCUCCACGUUGUCGCCCUACAGGCGUCCCGCAGGCCCCAGCCGCAGCCGCGAGCGCACACCGUCGCCGCAGUCGCUGCGGCGGGGGCCGCCCCACGCGGGGACGGCGGGCUCGGCCUUCAGCCUCCGAGAGCGCCACAGCGCAGGUGCUGGUGCCGGAGGUCCCACCAAGCCGGUGUCCACGCGCUAUGGAGGUGCCAUCACUCCCACGGCGCCCGUGGAGGCGCCCGCUGUGCAUCAGCCCGGGAGCCUCUUCGCCGUGGCGGCCGACUUGGGGCUGGGGACGUCCGUGCCACCGGAAGACGAGGCCUGUGACAUCGACGCGCGUCUUCAAGCCCUGCAGUCCUUCUUGAAGCAGACCAAGAACAUCGCUGCCUGAAGCGCGCGUCCCUCCGCCUGAGCCCCAUCCUCCGGAGAAGUCGGAGGAGAAAAAGGUUCACAGAGGUCAUCCUACAGAGAGAUCGAAGCCUUUGCGAAAGAUAUACCAACAGAGGUUGAAGA